AUGAUCAAAAGUACGCGCGAGUCGCCCAACAUCACGGUAAAACUCGAUCGCAUCCUGCAGCUGAUCACGUCGGAAGUGCUGGCCGAGCGAACUAAAGAUUUGAGGCAAUUCUUUAGCCAUGGCUAUUCGCUUGCCAAACUAGAAUUGGAAGCAGAAAGCUGCGAUCAGAUCGGGUUGGUGUUUCAGAAAAUAGAAACUAACCUACGAGAAGCUCGCCGGUGGUUUGUGUACACACAGACGCAACAGAAUCUACUCAUUUACCGCCGCUAUUUGGCGUACUUGAAGAGCUUCAAAACGAUCGAAGCACUGCGCAGCUACAUCGCUUUCGUUGGCACGGAAUUCAAAGGCAAACUGAUAGAAACGUUCCGCCCCGAGCAGCUGACCGAAGCUAAGCUGUUGAUACAGCACAUGCUAGACUCUUCGAAGCCUUCCGAGCUGCUUAACACAGCGACCCGAACCGAUCUGAAGUACAUCAGCAAAGAGCUACAGCUCCGCAUCGAUGUGAUACGCGCAGAGAACGCAACGCUCGGGCGCACGAUCGAUGAAUUUUUCCUGCUGGAAUGUUAUAUCCGCCAACCGUCGUCGUCACUGGGGCGCGUACGACAAAUCGCCGACUGGAUACUAUCCCGCACCGAACUUGCUAAGCGCCACAAGCUGGUGCAGAAAACGGAAUUGAUGUACGCUCGGGAGCUGUUGGCGCAUCUACAAAUGUGUGAAACGGAUGAAACGCGACGCUACAUGUGGGGCGCCAUCUGGACACGGCUGGCUAAGGAACAGUUCAGUGGGUUGGAUACACUGCUAGGUCGUACCGAGCAGCGCACUGAUGUAGCCCUGGAUGUGACAGUAAAAACGAUGCAAUCGCUUAACCUACCGCUCGACGAUGACGAGUACGUGCAGUUCGUAAACCGUCGCCUAGCCAAAAGCUACUACCAGAAUGUGUUUGUGUUAGAUAACAAGUACCGAGUGUUGAAAGAGAUAGUGAAGGAUCGCCGUGCAGGCCGGCAGGACAAUGUGCAGGAUGUGUUGGAGCGAUUGAAGGACCUUCGCAAAACGGACGAACAAGUGCUUCAGCGAAUGUUUCACGGGCUGCUUGACACUAUGGAGCACAUAUUAAGCCAUUCCGACCGUUUGACGGGCAGCUUAGCUUCCCAGACGGAUGAACAAGCGCUGGAGUACUGCCUACUGGAAGCUGCUGAAAUAGUUUGCAACUUGAGCGUGUUUCGUGACAACAUGAGCGACCUAGCGAUGCCCGUACCAGUGAUAACGGGGCGAAACCUGCGAAAUUAUUUGGCCCAUGACUUUCUAGCGUACGAUACGCUUACGCCCUGCACCAAGGCGGUUGUACAAAAUGCACGCUACUUAGUUGAAAAUCGGUUGAAAUUAGCAGCGGCUUCGGGAGCCGGAAUCAAACGUGGCCAUCUGCUGCUCAUGAGCCGUACGUGUCUCGAUCGGGAAGUAGUGUCGGUAGCGCUGGAAGGGAAUCCGGACCGCUUUAUAGCUCAACUGCUAGACUAUCGACCAAACGGGUUGAACCUUUUCUAUCUUCUAAUAAACUACUUCCACGACACGGAGCUCACCAAAAAGAUAGAAAUAUUGAUCGGCAACCCGCAGGUAUUCUGUGCUCGAUUGGCAUUAAAGUACGGAUUGAUUGAUGCGGUACAGGCGUUAUGGCAAAAAACAAGCGAGGAUGCAAUGAAACAGUUAAUAAGCACGGAACUGUCCUCCAUUUUCGUGCGACAUUCUUCCGCUUUUGUACAACAGCUUUUACGCUUAUUGCCAUCGGAAUGGUUUCUGGAUUUGAAAGAUCACCUCGGUAACACGGUUCUUCAUUGGGCGGUUUUACGUGGAGAUUUGGAGCUGUUACAAUUUGUGAUGCUGCGGUACAAAAACCUGCUGAAAGCAAAGAAUGCAUUCGGUGAUCUCCCAUUGCUGAUCGCUGUUCGAUACCAUGACGACGUGAUCGCGGAAAUGCUACUCGAUCACGGUGCGGAUCCUUGGAUUGAGCCGAAAGUCGUGCAAACUGUAGCGAUGCGCAACAGUCGCCAACUACUGGGCCGAUUUCCAGCAGACAUAGGUCGAAUCGUAGCUGCCCAAAUGGACGCUUUCCUUAACAAUCCACUCCGGGCCGCCGUUGAGGAGAAUAAUUAUGAAUUGUUCUUGACGCUGCACCAGCAAUUCGGGUACGAUGUACAGCGAGGAGAACUGCUUCAUCUAGCGGCUCGUUUAAAUAGGAUACAUUUCCUACGCUACCUGUUGGCGGAUGAUAACAUAGAUCGAAACUUUUCGGUCGAUUCCAUCAGUAGGGAAUAUUGUUUCACUCCUUUUAUGGUUGCAUGCGCUACGGGACACUAUGAAGCAGCGCAACUACUGCUGCAGAAUGGUGCGAAUGGUUUGUUUCAAAAUGAAAACAACUACACGGCCUGGCACUGUGCCGUGCAUGGUGGGAAACGGAGCAUCCUAUCGCUGGUUCUAUCGAUUCCACAUCUAGACGUAAAUACGGUCACAAAAGAUAAACGUUCGGCCUUAAGUAUAGCGAUCGAUACUGAUCAAACGUGGUACCAGAUCAACUAUUUGCUAACAACCGCUGGAGUAAAGGUACGACCAGAGCACGUGCUGCAUGCCUGUCUGCUCGGAAAUAAAGAUAUUCUAAAACUGCUUAUAGAUCGUCAGCCGGAUUACCUGUCCGCGACGGACUUCCUACAGCGCAGCCCACUAAUGAUAGCGGUAAUUUCGAACGAUCGCUCUAUGGCACAAUUGCUGCUCGAACGUGGUGCAGAUCGUAAUGCAAAGAACAUUCUCGGCAUGAAUUGUUUGCACAUGGCGGCAUUGAACAAUUUGAUAAGCGUCUCGAAACUGCUGUUGGACGAUGCGCAGGUUGAUCAUGAGGCGGAAGACAAAUUUCGCCGCACACCACUGGUAGUCGCACUGGAAGCUGAACAUUUGACGAUCGCUGAGCAGCUGAUACAGCGUGGCGCUAGGCUGCAGAGUGCAUAUGAUUAUCGGUUCCAGCAGCAUCGGAAUGCAACGCUGCUGCACAAAUUUACCAUCGAAAAACGGUCCAGAAUGGUUGAGUAUUUGGUGAAGAAACUACACUUUCCCACGGAUUUGGUGGAUGAUGAUGGUAAAACAGCGGAAAUGAUUGCGGGAGAGAGUGGUGAGGAUGGAAAUAAUUGAAGUAAUGUACAAAUGAAGUACAUUUGAAAGAACUGAUUAUAAAAAUAAAAUGAUUCGCGUUGGAAAUAUAA